AUGCCCAAAGCCCCACCACCACCGCAGGCCUCAGCAUCAACGGCCUCAUCUUCGGCAACACCAUUGCGACGACCACACAAGGCAGCGUCGAUAACGUUGCGGUCCUCAGACUCGAUGUUGAUGGUCGACUUCCCACCCGAGAUCUACAGGCUGCUCCACAAACUCAUCACGGCCGAGUGGAGGAAGGGGAUCCAGAACUACUGGGACUUGGGCGACAGCUGCGUAGAGUACCAGCUAAGGGGCAUACCAUGGCAGGCUAUCCAGUGGGACGCGGUCGCCGGGGCCCGCUUGCUGAUGCGCAUCCUCUCGGCGCUGUCGGCGGCAGGUUGGAGCCUAGCUCUCAGCACGCGAAUGUCGCGCCAACUGGAAAACACCGACACGCUCUUCUUCAAGAAGACUCCGCCGGUCGAGCGGUCAUUCUUCGCCAUUGCUUUCCCCCGAGGUGAUCGCAUACGAAUCAUUGAUGCGCCAAAGGCUGCCCAUGACGAGUUUGUGGCCACGUUCAGCCUGAUCCAGCAGGACUGGUGGAACGGUGUCCAGAGGUCGGAGGCCAUCGCGCCGCAGGUCCACGAGUUCAAGCUGAAAGGCUAUCCAUUCGAGAAUCGACGCAAGGACAUGGUCCCGAUCCGAGGUAUGAUGCAUUUCCUAAUCGAAGACCUUGACCGCCUGGGAUACGAGUUGUUCGCCAGCAUCGGCAUGGAUCGAGGGUUCGACGGCAACAAUCACGACGAGGAGAUGAGAAGUGUGGACACUUGGUUCCUCACUCGACGUGAUGCUGCAUGA